CUGUGUCUGAAUGAAAGAACCUCUCUUCCUCUCUCUCUGUUUUCUGUCUGUCUCCGUGCAUGGCUUAUAUCCGCUGCAGCAAGUGAGCACAUGUACAGAGCAAACAACUCUCCAAACUGGAAGUAAAUAUUUUGCAGGGGCUCCAGCUGAAGGUGCCACUUUCACUUUCCAAAUGGCUCUGUGAGCUGCAUCUUUUCAAAAGGCUGGAUUACGCUCUCAGAAAUGUGACUGCGCGUUUUUGAGGACUGACUUGCAUCCAGAGAACUAUCAUGUGAUGGAUGUUUCAAUCUUCCGCUUCUGGGACAUUUGAAACUUCAUAUCCUUUUCAGUUGCAGGUCAGGUGUGAUUCUGAGUUGCCUGAAACCACAGGAACCUGGACCAGGCAACACACCUUAAGUUUCAGAUCUUUGCUCGAUGGACACUGGUGGAGAUGUGUCUUGCACACUGCUCUAAACUAUCACAUACAAGCUGCUUAGACUGAACACAUCACCGCAUCAGAUCCACACUUACCUGAACUGAAAGACAGCCUCUUUGCACUAUGACCCCACAGAUCUGUAAUCUCGCCCCCCAGUGCAUCCUACAGCACACCUCCCUCCCCUACCUACUUCUGUCUGUGCUACUAUUGCUCCGUCAGGCCUGGUGGGGGAGCUGUCACCCACAGUGUUUGGACUUCAAACCCCCGUUUGAGCCCCGGCAGCCAUUGGCCUUGUGUAAAGAGUACUCCAAGUUUGGUUGCUGUGAUUUGGAGAAGGAUGGGGAGCUGUUGUUGAAGUUUUACAGCAUCAUGGAGAACUUUGACCAUUCAGGUUACGUCACCUGCGGCAAAUACAUACGCAGCCUUCUCUGCCAGGAAUGUUCUCCGUACGCUGCCCACCUGUACGAUGCCGAGGAUGCCAACACACCAAUACGGAUGAUGCCUGGACUGUGUGGUGACUAUUGCACCGACUACUGGCAUCAGUGUCGAUACACACUCAGUCUCCUCUUGGAGAACAGGGAGAACCCGCAUCAGUUUGCCAACCUAACUGCAACGUUAGAAGAAGAUCGCGGGAGGUUCUGCGACUAUCUGGAGCUGAAGGACAAACAGUACUGCUAUCCAAAUGUGCUGACUAACACAGAGCUAAAUGCUAACCUUGGCUCGGUACGUGAGAGUCCCAAAGGCUGUCUGGAGUUGUGUUUACAAGAGGUGGCCAACGGCCUCCGCAACCCUGUGGCCAUGAUCCAUGCGGAUGACGGAACUCACCGCUUCUUUGUGGCAGAGCAGCUGGGUUAUGUGUGGGUGUAUUUGGCUAACGGCUCCAGGAUCGAUCGGCCUUUCCUGAACCUCACGCGAGCCGUCCUCACGUCACCGUGGAACGGAGACGAGCGGGGAUUCCUCUGCCUAGCCCUGCAUCCAAGGUUCACAACAGUCAGAAAAGCCUACGUGUACUACUCUGUGUCUGUCAAGAAGGAGGAGCGGAUACGGAUCAGUGAGUUCACGCUGUCAGCUCACGAUGAAAACCAACUGGACCACUCCUCUGAGAGAACCAUCCUUGAGGUGGUAGAGCCAGCAUCCAAUCAUAACGGAGGACAGCUUCUGUUUGGCCACGACGGCUAUCUGUACAUCUUCAUCGGUGAUGGCGGUCGAGCCGGGGACCCCUUUGGAAAGUUUGGCAACUCGCAGAACAAGUCAACACACCUUGGAAAGGCGCUGCGCAUUGAUGUCGACAACAAUGAUGAUGGUGCUCCGUACAGCAUCCCAUCAGACAACCCGUUCCUGGGGGAGAAAGAAGCAAAACCAGAGAUUUAUGCAUAUGGAGUGCGCAACAUGUGGCGUUGCUCUAUCGACCGCGGUGACACUGCUACAGGGCGAGGCAGAGGCAGGAUGUUCUGUGGUGAUGUGGGCCAGAACAAAUACGAAGAGGUGGAUCUCAUUGUUAAAGGAGGGAACUAUGGAUGGAGAGCCAAGGAGGGCUUCAGCUGCUACGAUCGCAAACUCUGUCAAAACUCAUCUCUGGAUGACGUCUUGCCGAUCUUUGCCUACCCCCACAAGCUGGGCAAAUCAGUGACAGGAGGAUACAUCUACAGGGGGUGUCAGAUGCCCAACCUCAAUGGACUCUAUAUCUUUGGGGAUUUCAUGAGUGGGCGACUGAUGUCUUUAAAAGAGAAUGUCACCACAGGAGAGUGGCAGUACAAUGAGAUCUGCAUGGGCGCCGACCAGACCUGCAGAUUCCCCAAACUCAUCAACAGUUAUUAUAAAUACAUCAUCUCUUUUGCUGAGGAUGAGGCAGGUGAACUGUAUUUCUUAGCCACGGGAGCCCCGAGUGCCACAGCCAGGGCAGGAGUUAUCUACAAAAUUAUUGACCCAUCCAGGCGAGCUCCACCAGGAAAAUGCAGCAUCAAACCGACACAUGUUAAUGUAAAGGGAAAACUGAUUCACUUCUACCCCAAAGAAGAGUUUGUCAUCAACAAGAAACCGACCACGACACCUGUUCCCACGACGACCACAAGGAGAUCAACAACAACAACAAAGAAAUCGCCAAGAAAACCCAUAAUAAUAAUAAAGCCGCCAAUGCCAACAAGAAAGACAAAAACACAGCUGCCGCCACCACCACCAACGACAGCGACAAGAAAACCAACAAUGCAGACAACAAGAAAAACAACGACAAAGGCAACAUCCCCAACAGCGUCAACCAUAAAAGCAACAAUAAAAACAGCCGCCGCGACAAUUAAACCAACAACAUUACCCACCACUGUCCAGCUGGCCAUGGAAACAACUCCCGCCACAACCACACCCACUGGUAGGGCUACUGGUGCGCCUGUUUCCCAAACCAGCUCCACUCAUCACGUUACUCCUAACUUAAAUGGUUAUCGCACAACCGUCAUGACUGCAGUCUCCGCUAAGAUUGCUCAAACCUCAAUCAUCAUCACAAGUCCAACAAGGAGACACGGGAGACCCCUUCAGUAUUCACUUAGUACCACCUUCCAACCAUUAACCUCACCGCAGGUUCGUCCUUCUCCAUCCAUACCAUCCUCCAAACAAACCCAGGUGGCUCUGGGAUCUACACGUUACCCUGAGCGUCCUGCAUCGUGGGCCACACCUCGUCCACCUCACUGGAACCUCAAACCCACCGCGACCUCCUACAAGCCCCAGAGAACACCAGUCAACACCACCAUGUCUAAAGCACAAGGAGGGGAGAAGCUGUGGCUCAGACAGAAGCUGGGAACUACUGGUGAGGGCAACCAGGUAUAUAAGAGGCCCAGAGGAAGAGGUAGAGGUCAUGUUUACGUAAGAGGACGGGGAGGUAGAAAGCUGAGGGCUGGCUCAGUGCGACUGGUGAGCACCGGCGGCUUAUCAGAUCGAGGUAGAGUGGAGAUCUUUAUCCGCGGAGAGUGGGGGACAGUGUGCGAUGACCUUUUCACCAGCAAGGCAGGCACCGUCGUGUGUCGACAGCUCGGCUUCACGACAGCAUUGGCGGUGAUGAAGCGGGCCGCACUGGGGGAGGCAGACAGCAGCGUCAGGAUCAUGCUGGACGACGUGGAGUGUGAGGGCGGGGAGCGAUCGCUGUUGGAGUGCAAGAGAUCCAAAGUUGGGAAACAUAACUGCUCACAUGGGGAAGAUGUGGGAGUGAUCUGCGGUUAGCGCAGCAAGGUGAAAAGUAGGAAACCACGGGGAGGAAAGGGGGAGACUGUGGGGUCAUGUAUGGUACUGUCACACAUUAUAAGUGACUGCAGUAGGAAGGGGAAAGCAGAGAAGACGAGCGUAUUUGAAGCCAUAAAAAACUGCACAUGAUAAAACAUGAAUGUUCAACAGAAUUUGCCAACAUUUCCAUGAACUGUAUUUUGUUAUUUGCCUUUGUUGUAUAUUGUUUCCAACUGCUAAAUGCUGAAAUGUCCACCUUUAUGUUAUCUUAUAAGUCUUGCUAUUCACUUUGAACAAAGUAAAGGACAGUGCAGAAGGUAUAUAUCCUACCCAAGGCUCCUCUUGGCCUGAUGUGAUGUUAAUUUGAUCAUUGAACAUUCUCUAAACUGUAACAAACUGUAGGAACUAAUGUUAACCCAGUGACUAAGUCAAGGAAAUCUGCUGAACUCAUCUUAGGGAACUUUCACACCAGAGUUGUUUGGUCUGCUUUAAACGGACCAGAGUUUGUUUCCUCGGAUAGUCCGCUUUGUUUGGGCGGGUGUGAAAGCUCAUCCGAACUCUGGUGCGGACCAAACAAGCCUGAAAACGUGGGUCUCGGUUCGCUUGCAAGCGAAGGGAAAUGUAAACGGACUAUCCAGCAAACCAAAGACAGGAAGUGAAUCAAAUAGUCCGCUGCCUUGUCUGUCGCUCAUACUGGGCAGCGUCUUGUGAAAAGCCAAUUAGGUUUGAACACCAAACUAAAAACAGAAACCUCAAGACUGCAUACAUUUGGUGUUGCUCCAUUGUUUGCUCUUGUGGUGAACAUGCCGACUGAAGGGCAUGGAUUUCCAUUUUCAGUCCUGGCCAAUUGAUGAGGUUUUCUUCUUCCUCAUGCAUUUUUUCAUCCUGGCCAGUGCUUGUUUCAGCCCCGCUUACAAAAGUGCAGUGUGAAAGUGAACCAAACAAAGGUGUGAAAUUUUUCGGCAUCCCCCCACCCACCACCCAGUCGAACCGAGUCCCCCAGACUAUGCUGGUGUGAAUGCAUCCUUAAACUCAAUUGUUACCAGACCCAGACCUCUGGCUCCAAGUUGCAGGCAGAGUCAUUUUAAACUCAACAACAGCAACAACUUCUGCCAAAUCAAGUCCUUUCAAUGGAAUUGCAGCAAUCAGAGAAAUUACUUGCACAGAAAUGCGUACUUUGCAUAUUCACACAAGUGCAACCAUCACAUUUUACAACAAUGUUAAUCCAUUGUGCUAAAGUGUAAACUGCUCCACAUUUCACUAUAGUCCUGUCAAUAAUUUCAUGGGAAUAAGACAGUGAAAUUGCAUUCCCUAGAAAUAACAGUAUUACCUGUGUGAUUAGGGAGCAAAGUAUUCUCCAUAGUCAGUGUCUCUUGUUCAUUCAUUCAUUCAUUCAUUCAUUCAUUGUCUACCGCUUUAUCUUCCACUUGAGGGUCGCAGGGUCACUGGUGCCAAUCCCAGCUGACAUGGGGCGAAAGACAGGGUAUCACCCGGCCAUUGCAAGACCAACACAGAGACAAACAACCAUUCACUGUCAUACUCACACCUACAGACACUUUAGAAUGUCCAAUCAACCUCUGCAUGUUUUUGGACCGUGGGAGGAAACCAGAUGUGUGUAAUGUGAAAAUGUUAACUGACCACAAACUUGUCAAAAUACAAUUAGCUGGCUUUGGACAGACCCUUAAUAAUCCAUCAUUUCUGUUUACAUUUUACGUGUGAAAAGUUGCACAGUCCUGUUCAAAUAGUCAAUAGUUUUUAUUGCAUCAUUUCAGCAGGUCUAUUUUGUUUUUUGCAUUCUGAUACUAUUUUGAAUGUAGUUUAAAAAAAAAUUCAGCAAAAUGCUGGACUUUCUGUGUGAUGGAUGUAAGAAAAAAACAUGUCCAGUUUUAUAUAAAGGGAUUGAACAGCACAGAGUGUCUAUGAUAUGAAUAAAGUUAACCGCAAAGUGA